AUGAAGCUGUUGGCUUUGUUCGCUUUGUUUUGCAUAGAAUACUCAGCGGCAGGCCACUGCAAGGCUUUCGGACGUGGAGAAGGGAAACUAAAGAUCUCCCUGAAAGGGUGCUGUAUUAUCUCCACUACGACUUCACACAACACCAUGCGACGGACGACUCCACUGUCACUUAUUACUAUGGAUAUCCACACGGCGACGAAUGGACAAAGUUCAUGGCUGUUUGUUACUCACCGUCGAAAGGGACUCCUCGUACCUUCUGCCGUAACGUAA